AUGGCGCUUCCCAUGAAGAGCACGGCCAUGAAAAAGGCCAUGAAGGCGAGCCCAAUGAAGGCCAAGGCUAUGAAAGCAAUGAAAGCCAUGAAGGUCAUGAAGAAGAAGGCCGUGUCAAAAAUUGCCCGUGGCAAGCUGGCAAAAAGCGCGGUCUUCAAGGGCAACAAGGAGAAGACGGCCACAGGCCUGAAGAAGUCUGACCUGAUGAAGAGCAAGCGGGGAAGGGUUGUGACCAAGAAGCAGCAUGCCAAGGGCAAGGCCCUGUUUCAGAAGUACGCCCAGCGAUGGCUCGAUGCAGUGAUGAAGGCUCGGAAGGAGCUGGGCGUCAAGGGCUUUUGUGCAAUUGGCGGCAAGAGCGCACAGGGAAAGGCACUUUACGCCAAGGCCAAGGCUAUCUAUGCUGAGGCCUGA